AUGCCCCCCGAGCGAAAACCCGCGCAAAAGCGCAGACAACUCCCCUUCAAACCACCAAGCCGAACCUCCUCCACCGCCGCCCCAGCAUCAUCAUCAUCAACCGCCGCAGCAACCACCAGCAAAUCCAAAGCCAAACCAGCCGAGAAGCCCAAAACCAAAGCCACAACUAAACCAACAACCAAACAAGCUCCUAAACCAGCAAAAGCCUCCUCAUCCAAAUCCGCACGCCCCCGACCAUCAUCACCCAGCCCUGCUGACUCCGAAGAAGACAGCGACAACGAUAACGCCUCUUCGUCCUCCGCCCGCUCGGACGCAUCAUCGCCGGAACCAGAACCAGAACCAGACUAUAUCCUUGCGGAGAUCAUUCACAAGGAUCAGCCAUCUGAUGAUGUGCUCACGAACGAUCCUGUCAUUCCGCCGAAGUUGUUGACAAGGCUACUGCAUCAUCAUUUUCAGAAUGAGAAGACCAAGAUCGCGAAGGAUGCGAAUACGGUUGUCGCAAAGUAUGUGGAUGUGUUUGUAAGAGAGGCGUUGGCGAGGGCGGCGUUUGAGAGGAGCGAGGCUGUGGGGAAGGGGGCAGCGGUCGGGGAUGGGUUUUUGGAGGUUGAGGAUUUGGAGAAGAUGGCGCCGCAGCUUGUGAUGGAUUUCUAG